AUGAUAGGAGCAUUGAUCCUGAGACUUGGUGAAUUGAGAUGGGAUCAAAUUAGAGCUGGUCAAUCAACCGUGAGAAAAGAAAUUCUUAAUAUUAUUGAUAACAAGGAACCGGAAGAUUAUUUUGAGGGACGAAUCGAAUGGGUAUUUGAAAAUGGGGAUGUGAAUGAAUUUGUUGGUGGGAGGUUUGAUGUCAAGUUUUUAGAAGGUAUUUUAUUGGAAGAUGUGGAGCAAUACAUAUAUGAUAAUCAGAUAUCUGAUUUAUAUGAAAAGGAAGGUAAUGUAUAUUUGAAGGUGAAGAUUAAUGUAUUAAAUAUUAUUGGUGCAUAUUAUAAGAUUGUUGAUAAUUUAUUGUUGGUGUAUAAUAAGUAUUGGAAAGGUGAUGAAUAUGAAAGGUUGAAAGAACAACAUAUAAAGAAAUGA